GGGAGGUGUGUAAUCACUAUAGACAAAUAAGAUAAAUAAAUCUUAUAUUAUCUAUGUGACCCUUCCAAAUAUGAUUGUGAAUUUUUACGAAUUCUGCGUAGUAAGUAGUUUUAUGAUUUAUAUACUAAUUUUAAAUUUGAAACAUUGUUGUAACAUCGUGUUUAAAUAAGUGAUAACCGGUACGGCGUGGUUUCGGUUAUAAGUCAGGUUAGGUUAACUACACGUCAUGUAUGAAUGAGUAAUUUUACGAGCUAUAUAAUUUAUGAUAGGCCAUAUAGUUCGAAAUAAUGCAUAUAUUUUCCCAAAAAACAAGAAUAAUCGCUAUACUACAAGGGUUAAAGUGUUAAAGUAGCAACUCUAGAAUACGCAGCGCAAUCUGUGGUCGUUUAAUUGUGCAACUCAUUUCAAAACGUACGAGUUUGCCUGUUUGGUUUUGGUCUCCUUUUAUAUUCUUCAUGAUAGUAUUUAUAAUAGUGAUAACAAGUAAUAGAUAAUUGACAAAACCGUAAUAAUUAAAAAAAACAUAAUUUAUGUAAUCUAUACGAUUCGUUACCUAGUUUAAAUUAAUGUUUUAUUAGGGAUUUUAAUGUUAAAGUAGAUUUUUAAUUGUAUAAGUUUUCACAUUGUUUUCAAUUUCCAGUACUGCUUAAAAAAAUGACUGAAGCUAUUGAAGAUGAAAAGUCUAAGACGAACGAAGUAAAAAAAUUAGUAAAAAAUGCUACAGAUUUACAACGUUUGAAACUUGAUAGACUUAUGAAAAAUCCAGUAAGUUUUAAAUUGUGAUUUUAAAUAUUGAACCAAAAAUUAAUUAAUAUUAUAUAUUUAUAUAAUGAAAAUUAAAGAAAUAUUUGUUUUCUUUAUUGUGUGUAUAAUAGUACCUAAAUAAUAUAUAUUUUUUUAUUUUUAUAUAUAUAUAUGGAACCACCCUUUUGUAUUUUAAAUAAUGAAUUUAUAAAAAUUAUUUAAUAAUCAAAAUACCAUUUUAGUAUUAAUCUAAUUUAAUUAGAUACAGACUUAACUAAUUCCACUAAGAAUAUUGACAUAAGUACUUAUCUUUCAUUCUCUCCAUAUUAAGGUUAAUGUCUUUUUUGUGUCUUCUCUUUUUGAUGGUGCCAUCGAGGCUCCAGAUCUAUUGUCAACCAUAUCUUUUCAGGUCCCAUCCUACUCCACCAGGACCUAUUCCCUGUUUCUCUUGCUUCAACAACACACCUCUUAUGGGUUUAAUAAUCUCCCCCACUGUGCUUUGUGUCUAUUCAUUGCGGCUUAGCAUGAGUCCUUUCCACUUUUUCCCUUACAUUUAAGUUACCCCGCUGCUGUCAUCCGUCCCACACAGUUCUAGUCAACUUUAAGAUCAUCAUUUACAAAACUGCUUGUUGUAGUGUUUAAAUUAACAAAUAAAUAAAUAUUAUUUUCAUCAUUCUGAUAAUAAUUUAUAGGAUAAACCUGUCUAUAUUCCUGAACCACGGUCUGACAAAAAAACACCCCAUGUUCCGGAAUUUGUAAGGAAUGUAAUGGGAUCAAGUGCAGGAGCUGGCAGUGGUGAAUUUCAUGUUUAUCGGCACUUAAGACGCAAAGAAUAUGCUAGGCAAAAACAUAUACAACUAAAAGCCGACAAAGUAAGAUAUUUUAUCUAAAAAAUCUCUAUUUAUUUAAUACAGUACCAUUGUGAUAAUCCGAGUUGAUUAUUAUACUUUUGUUCAAUUAGAUCAAAGUGAGAAAAGUAUUGGUUUUACUAUGAGUGCAAUAUAUUUUUUUUAUGUCUAUGAACAACUUUUGUACCAUAUAUCUUACUCUAAUCCAAAAAUAACUAGAAAACAUUUUUGUAUCAUUUUUGGUUUAGUCCGCAUAUUGAGAUCAUGUUUGUAUUUUCCUUGCAGUUUUCAUAAUAAUUAGGAAAAACAGAAAAAUUUCAUUAUUUUUAAUUUUAUUGUUCCAUCAAAUCUUGCUCAAAAUAUCAAGAAUAAUCAGGAAGAAACAAAAAAGUUGUUGGUAUAAAUGGUUUCAUAAUUUUCGAUUUUAUUUUUUUGUUUUAGUUUAAAAAUUAUUAGUAAGUAAUCAUAGAUAUAUGAUAUUUUCUCAGAAUACUUAUAUGAGCCUUUCAUAGACGUGGUUAAAUUGUGUAGGUAUCUAUUUGAUAUUUUUGAUUUUUCAGUUUUUAUUUGGUUUGAUAUAGAUAAGAUUGUUUAGCCUAGUUGUUUUUUUAUAAGUGUUAAGUUAAAAUUUUAACAAAAAUCACAGUAUUUCAAAACAUGUUUAACCAAACUUUUUUUGGGGGAUUAUCAAGAAUAAGAUAAAUUAUUCAUUUAUUUUACUCAACAAUAUUUAUAGGUAUAAAAUAUAUAAUUAACAUAUUAUUUCUUAAUACAUUUGUACAAUGUGCAUAUACAUAUUAAAUACUAUCAUACAAAAAAAUAAAAAUGACAAGAAACAAAAUAUAAUAUUAUUAAGUUUUAAACUGUAGACAUCAUAUUUUAUUGUAUGGUUUUUUUUUCAUAUAGGAACUUUUGGAAGAAGCAUAUCGUCAAAAAAUAUUAGAAAACAAACAAAUGGCAGAAGAACGCACAGCCAAAAAAAGAUUGAAGAGAUUGAAGAGAAAAAAGGCUUUAAAGGAAAAAAUUCAAAUAUCAAAAAAAAAAAAUACUAAAGACACUAGUAAUGAAAGUGACACUUCCAGUGAUAAUGAAGAUAAAAAAAAAAGUGAUUCAUAAUAAAAUGGUAUUAUGAUAUACUUUUAUUGUAAUAGU